AUGGCCACUCUGCUCGCACUAUCCCAGCACAAGGACGAGUCGCUCUCUCAGUUCGUGGCACGGUUCACCACCGAGAUCAGGGCGUUUCUGGAUGCUCACCCUUCUUUAAUCUUACAAGCCUUUCUGAUGGGUCUGAAGCCUUCGAGGUUCUUUUGGUCGCUAAUCAAGAAGCCGCCAGUCACCAUCUCCGAAAUGCUCCAACGUGCCAACCAGUAUGUUGCCGCCGAGGCUCUAGUGGCGGGGAGGUGCGUAGAAGGCAAGAAGUCAAGGAUGGAGUUGUCUCGGGGAAUGAUCCCCCUAAAUGCGUCCCGCACCGAGAUCUUCCUCCAGAUCAAGGAGAUGGGUCUCUUGCAGCAACCUCGCCCUAUGAAGGCCGCCCGCAGAGAUCAAUCAAAAUAUUGCAUGUUCCACCGAGACUACAGUCAUGACACAAAGGACUGCCACGACCUCUGGAAUCAAAUAGAGGCACUAAUCCGAAGAGGCCACCUCAGACGCUACCUCAAAUCCCAGGAGGCGACUCCACGCCCCAGAGGACCCCCCGAGAGACAAAUCGACGUCAUCUCUAGCGGGCCAGCAGCCAGCGGCAGUAGCACGACAACAAGAAAGGCCUACGCACGCAGCACGAUGGAGAAGCGCCCCCGGCCCGAGCACGAGCCUAAAAUUACCUUUGGGGCAGGAAAGGUUGAGCGCUCCCACCAUGAUGACGCUCUAGUGAUCUCCAUCCAAAUCACCAAUGCCCGAGUUAAGAGGGUGAUGGUUGACACCGGGAGUUCCGUCGACGUUCUCUACUUUGAUGCCUUCAAGAGGUUCGACUCGAUCGAGGGAGAUCUUACCCUUGUGGCAUCAGCAUUUAUAGGGUUCACUGGGGAUUUCAUCUCCCCGCUCGAGACCACAGUACUCCCCAUCACCAUCGGGGAGGAACCGAGAGCGAAAACAAUAAUGACCACCUUCAUGGUAGUCGACCUGCCCUCGGCCUACAACGUCAUCCUCGACCGCCCGACCCUCAACAAGAUCAAGGCAGUGGUCUCCACCUAUCACAGAACCAUCAAGUUCCCAACCUCGGCUGGGGUUGGGGAGGCCUGA